AUGCAGGGCGACUUUCGACGGCGCACCGCCUUCGCCAGCCGGCACGGCAAGCGGCACGGCAAGAAGUCCCGCCUGCGCUGCAGCAAGAAGCCGCUGCACGUCAACUUCAAGGAGCUGGGCUGGGACGACUGGAUUAUCGCCCCGCUGGAGUACGAGGCCCACCACUGCGAGGGGGUCUGCGACUUCCCGCUGCGCUCCCACCUGGAGCCCACGAACCACGCCAUCAUCCAGACCCUCAUGAACUCCAUGGACCCCGGCUCCACGCCGCCCAGCUGCUGCGUCUGCAAUAUUCUUUUGCACAAAACUGAGAAGGAGCAGUACGGUGCUGAGAAGGAGAAGUGA